CUCCCUGUCUCCUUGGGGCGGGGUCUCAUCUGAGGCCGGCGGGCCGAGACCAGGAGCAGGCAUGGAGGGCGCCAGCGUGGCGUUGGCGGCCGCGGUGAUACUCUGGCUUGGCGGCGGCGGCGCCGGAGCCGAGCCGGGGCCCGAGGGCGAAGCAGAGUGUGCGGAGCCCUGGAGUGGCUCGGUUUUCCAGCCGCCGUUUGCGCUGGGCUCGGUUGGCGUGGCGCGGAGCUCGGGGAAGCCGGGGCGCGACGAGGACGACCUACCCGUCCUGUUGUGGUGGAGUCCCGGCUUGUUCCCUCACUUCCCCGCAGACUCGGAGCGCAUCGAGUGCGCGCGCGGCGCGUGCGUGGCUUCCCGGGACCGGCGGCGGCGGCGGGAGCCGCGCACGCGCGCGCUGCUCUUCUACGGCACGGACUUCCGAGCGUCCGAGGCGCCGCUGCCCCGCCUGGCGCAUCAGAGCUGGGCGCUGCUGCACGAGGAGUCGCCGCUCAACAACUUCCUUUUGAGCCACGCGCCCGGCAUCCGCCUCUUCAACCUCAGCGCCACCUUCAGCCGCCGCUCCGACUACCCGCUGCCGCUGCAGUGGCUCCCCGGCCUCGCCUACCUGCGCCACGCCCCGCCCGCGCCCGCCGAGCGCGCCGCUUGGCGCCGCCGCGGCUACGCGCCGCUCCUCUAUCUGCAGUCCCACUGCGACGUGCCCUCGGACCGCGACCGCUACGUGCGCGAGCUGAUGCGCUACAUUCCGGUGGACUCGUACGGCAAGUGCCUGCAGAAUCGCGAGCUGCCGGCCCGGCUGCGCGACACAGCCACGGCCACGUCGGAGGACCCCGAGCUCCUGGCCUUCCUGUCCCGCUACAAGUUCCACCUGGCCAUGGAGAACGCCAUAUGCGACGACUACAUGACAGAGAAGCUGUGGCGGCCGCUGCACCUGGGGGCCGUGCCCGUGUACCGCGGCUCGCCGUCCGUGCGCGACUGGAUGCCCAACGAGCGCGCCGUCAUCCUAGUGGACGACUUCGAGUCGCCGCAGCAGCUGGCCGCCUUCAUCGACUUCCUGGACAGCAAUGACGACGAGUACGCCAAGUAUCUGGCCUACAAGCAGCCCGGGGGCAUCACCAACCGGCUCCUUCUGGACAGCCUGGAGCAGCGCGAGUGGGGCGUGAACGACCCCUGGCAGCCCAGCUACUUGGAGGGCUUCGAGUGCUUCGUCUGUGACCACGAGCUGGCCAGGCUGGCGGCCGAAAGGGCCCACGCGGCCGACCCUGCCCGCAUCCCGCCGCCGCCGCCCCGAAUCGCGCAGCACUCCCACAUGGCCUGCCCCGAGCCCUCCCCCGGCUUUGGGAGGCUCGAGGAGAUCCCUGAGAACGACAGCUGGAAAGAAAUGUGGCUGCAGGAUUACUGGCAAGGCCUGGACCAGGGGGAGGCCCUCACUGCCAUGAUCCACAACAGUGAGACACACCAAGGGAGAUUUUGGGAUUACAUGCAGGACAUCUUCCUCCGAAGGAACCAGUACCCCCGGCCACCCACAUGAGCUCCUUGGGCACAGCUGAGGUGGGAAACGGUCUGGAAGACGACAGACUCUCUUUCUGCUUUGUGGCUUAAAGGGAAAGGUGCUACUUCUUAAGGUAUGGAGAUUCCUAGUACAUCUCCCCCCCACCCCACUGUCAUGCUGUUUAGUAUGUGGUUUCAGAAAAGCCCUUCUACCCUCCAGGAAGACAGAAAUAGAAUUGCUUAUUCUGUGGCAGACCCUGGGAAGGGUUCAGUGACCCCCUGCAUUCUGACUGGUUUUAUUUAGAGAUCAAGUCCCCAGAGUUAAAUAGCAAAGACUACUCAGUUCUCCAGACUUUUCAUCUUCUUAGGUCUCAUCUGGGCAUCCUUAAGGCAGAGGGCCCUAAAAUGUCUGAAUUGGAAGGAAUCUUAUAACCUUCCCCCCUCCCCCCAUAUACACACUUGUCUUUUUCAAAACUGAGGGUCAGGUGAAAUGAUUAGCCCAAUUUUGUAGUUUAUUAGUGACAGAGACUAGACUAGAACUGUGUCUUCUGGCCCUCAAUUCAGAGUUUUUUCCCCAGAAAAUACAGUGGGAAAAGUCUUCCUGGGGUCAGACUCUUUGUGACAUUAAGAUAUACAAAGAGGCAGUCAACCAAUCAAAAUACCAUUUGGCAACACAUGAUCUUGCUUUUCCCUGCUGCUCAGUGAAUUUUGUUCAUUUUUGUGUGCUGCAAAGUCAUUUUAUUCUCUAACGAAUUAUGGGAAGGAUGCUAAAGAUGCCAUUUUUUAAAUUAAUUUAUUUUGAUUUAUCAAUAAUCACUUCCAUAUGCUUUUGAGUUUAAAAUUUUUCUCCCU